AUGGCAAGUUGGGAUAAGAAACUUCUUACAGCUGCAGCAAAGGGGAAUAUAAAAGAGGUAGAAUUGUGUGUAAAGAACAGAGCUAACUUGGAAUGUAGUGAUUAUGGAGGACUGACACCAUUACUGUUGGCGGCUUGGCGAGGACACCUGGAGGUGGUGACUUACCUCAUCAGUCACGGCAGUCGGUUAGACGCUACAGACUGGUUGGGAAGGACACCAUUAAUGUGGGCCGCUGUGAGAGGACGCCUGGAGGUAAUGACUUUCCUGUUCAGUCACGGCAGUCAGUUAGACGCUACAGACAGGGUUGGAAGGACACCAUUAAUGUGGGCGGCUGAGGGAGGACACCUGGAGGUUGUGACUUUCCUGGUUACUCACGGCAGUCGGUUAGACGCUACAGACCGGGAUGGACAAACAGCUUUACAUCAUGCUGCUGAGAAUGGACAGAUUGAUGUAAUAAAAUGUUUAAUAGAUCAAGGAUGCAGUCCUUGGGUGAAAACAUUGGAGGGUAAGACUCCUUAUGAUCUGGUAACAAUAGAAAGCUAUGAUAAUGGAGAGAGUAAAAUGAAGAAGGAAGAAGUGAUGGAUUUCCUUAAGACUGUCAUGUCAAAGACAUCCCCAGAAGUAACUGCUUACACCCAUUUACAGGAACCUGCAGCACCAGUAGUUGAAGACAGCAAAAUACCAGAACAAAUAAAAAAAAUGGAUCACGAGUCGAUUGCCAUUUAUCUGAACGCCCUUGAAUCGGGUUCAGAAAGAAGACGGGAUAUAAAUUUAAUAAUUGUUGGAAAACAAUCUGUUGGAAAGACUUCCUUAGUACGAAGAUUGUUCGGGGAGGAGUUACAAAGCGUAAAAAGCACAAAUGGUAUAGAAAUUCAUCGGCGGAGAUGUCGAAUAAAUCUAAGUAACUGGGAAUGGAAUAAAGUGUUAGAUACAAGAUUAGUGAAAGAAACAAGUAUCAACAAUAGAAUGUUGCAGUCAAUUGUCAAAGAGUUGCAUCAAGAUAAAGAAAAACCAAAGCAUGACAUAUUGGAGAUAUCUUCAUCAGAUCAGAUAUCAACAGAUGAUAAUAAGGGCACAAUCACCAAAAAUAUUGAACAUGACGAAGAACCUCAACCCCAACAUGCCAAAAUGAAUUUUCAGUUUGCUGAUCCGGUGAUUACAGAAUCGCCGUUGUCUAAACUGGCAAAGGAUGAGCUGUUAAGUAUAAUCGGAUCUGCUGUAGACUUACAAGACGAAGACGGCUAUGCAAAUUUAACAGUGUGGGAUUUUGCUGGUGACAUUGAGUAUUACAACACACAUCAAACGUUUUUGAAUUCAGAAGCAAUUUUUCUUGUCGUAGCAAAUUUACAUGACAUAGAUGACACAGUAUCCUAUGGCACAUUCAAUUUCUGGAUGGAUACAAUACAUUGUUAUGGAAGCAUAAACGACAAAACUGAAGCUGUAUUGCUCGAAGGAGCUCACAACCUUCUAGAUCCACCAGUUAUUGCAAUUGGUACACACAAGGACAAAUUUCAGGACGAAGAACAAUGCAGAAAACGUCUCGAAUCCUACACUGAUAAAAUAUUUAAAGAUUCCAAGCUUCACUUGAGAUCAAUUCACCUGAUAUCCAACACAGAGGAUGAAGAAGAUGCUUUUGGAAAAUUGAGGAAUGAUAUAUUUUCCACAGCAAAGAGUAGCACAAAUUGGAAUCGAGAAUACCCUGUUAAAUUUAUUCAGAUGGAAAAAGCCAUCAACUCUGAACUUACGAUCGGAAAACAAAUAAUUUCUUUUGAAAGAUUAAAAGAACUAGGUGAGAAAAUACCACUUCCGAUAACUGAUGACAAGGAGCUUCAUCUCUUUCUCAGGUAUCAACAUGAAAUUGGUAACGUGAUAUUUUUUGAAGACAUUCCGUCAUACAUCAUACUUGAUCCCCAAUGGUUAGCAAAUGCCUUUACAUGCAUUGUUACAGCCCAGCAGUUUCAACUGGAAUUACCACACUUACAAUGGAACAACUUCAAACAAACAGGAAAGAUGGAUCCUAAGCUAUUGGAAGAAAUAUUCAAGAAACAAUCAGCAGACAUGAGGAUUCAUAAAGAGCAUAUACUGGAAGUAAUCGAAAAGUUUGACAUUAUCAUCUAUCCAUUGCUAUUGACGGAAAGUGGAAAUGUACAAAGGGAGCAUAGUUUUUUUUACGUUCCAUGCAUGCUUCAAACAUUAAAAAUUAAGGAUAUUGAUGUAUUGUUUAACGUUUCAAAUGCUAACAAAUCUACAUGUUUGUGUUUUGUCUUUAGUUUUUUACCGCCGUAUCUAAUCAGCAAUCUGAUUGUCUCUUGUCUACGAGAAUAUCCUCUAGCAGUGGUAAAGGGUGAGAUAGGUCUCUUCAAGGAUUGUUGUGUAUUCAAUAUUGACCGAACUGGCUGUGCAAAAUUUGUAUUAGCUAAGAGUGGUCAUAUAAUUAAGCUGCAAAUAUGGCAAUGGGAUGAAAUAGAUACAGAGGUUAACCAAGCUGUUUUAAAAAUUGUCGAAAGAGAAAUCAACAGAAUUAUCAACACGCGAUACAAGUUAAAAACGGUAUCUUUCGAGAAAAAAUGGAAGUGUGAGACCACCAGUUUCUCCUUUGACACAGGAUUCCUUGAAUUUGAUCAAGUACAUGAUGGGAAAAAAUAUUAUUGCGAAGAACAUGCGACAACUCAUAAAUAUAAAGACUAUUGGUCUGGUGAGAAAUCAAAGGCUCCCGGUAGAUUAAGUAGUGAGGAACAGAAUUACGUCAGAAUGUCAAAGAUAGUUCUAGAGGUAUUAUCAGGCGUUUUAUACGAUCGCUUAUUCUUAGAUACAAAGACUGGAGAAAUACUUGAUCGUAAAAAGUUGGACAUAACAGAAAUGUGUAAGAAAUAUUGUGCUUUAAAAAUAAACUUUCCAAGUAAAGGCUUUAGGAAAAUAGAAGAGGUUGACCAGAUUUCUACCAAUGAAGAUGCUAUUGGUGACGACAUUCAACGGAUACGUGUGAUCAGAAAUGAAAUGCAGCAUUCUUCUGUCUUUGCAUUAGAUGACACACGAUACCAAAAACUAAUCACUAUAGUUCAUGAUAUGCUAACUAGAUUUGAUCAACGUAACAAUCCAGCAGGUGAAUCCUACGUAAAACGAUUAGACGAAAUCAGGAAAAUGGAAUUAGAGACAAGGAGUUUUGAAGAGAUAAAAGAAAGAAUGAAAGCAGAAUUGAUGGAAAAGAUUCAUGCAGUUUUCCGAUAGUGUGGUAUCUGAUGCUUUGAACGAUAUUUGUUAACUCAUUUUUGUAUUCACCAUUUGCGGUCAAUAGGAUAAAUAUUGAAUAUGUGAAAAAUUCGCAUAUUAGAAAAAUGUAAUGAACUACUCAAACUAUAAUUUACUAAUUAAAUUGACAAAGAAGUCAAUGGUAAACAAUAAAUAUAAACAAGAAGAUGUGGUUUAAACACUGUCCAUUCGAGUCCCAAUGUUAUAAAAGUUAACUAUAGGUCAAAGUACGAAGCCUCGGCGCACACCAAUCAGCAAACUAUGAAUUAUAGUGUAAAACCAUUCAUACAGGACGACUGAGGACUUAUAACAGAGAAACACAUAUGAACCAAACCAACAAACCACAUCCAUCGAACAAUAGGUUACUGACUUAGGACAAGCGCAUACAAAUAAAAUGUGUUUGAUAUAUUAUAACAAGUAUUUCAAGUUAAAACAUAGUUGUUAGUUAUAAAGUUAAAUCAUCAAUAUGUUUUAUCAUUAAAAGAAAACUUCGUGUCGAAAGUUGUGAAAUCAAGGAUCUAUGACAUACAAUUGAUAUAGGAGGCAUUUUGAUUUUUUUUUCUAUAAUUAUUACGUCAAUGCUUCAUUUAGGUCUUUAUAAAUAAAGGCAACAGUAGUAUACCGCUGUUCAAAACUCAUAAAUCUAUGGACAAAAAACAAAAUCGGGGAAUCAAACUAAAACCGAGGGAAACGCAUUAAAUAUAAGAGGAGAACAUCGACAUAACACCGAAACGUAACACACACAGAAACGGACCAAGCAUCAGACAAAACACCACGAGAAUAACAAAUAUAACAUGAAAACCAAAUACAUGAAUUUGGGAUAGACAAGUACCGUGCCACGUCUUAUCUCAAUAUCUCAAAAAUAAGAGAAAACAAAAACGACUCAACGUUAAAAUGCAACACACACAUAAACGAACAAUAAUAUAACAAUGACCAUCUUCCUGACUUGGUACAGGACACUUUUAAAGGGGAAUAAAAGUGGUGGGUUGAACCUGGUUUUGUGGCAUGCCAAACCUCGCACUUUAAUGGCAAAGUUAAAUAUAACAUUGAGAUGACAACAUAAUAUUACAGGACUACAAUACAAAUAAAUAGGAGAACAUAUUAGACAAAGAAAAACAUGAUUAAUAGAUAACAAAAAGCAUCAGGUUUAAAAUUCAAUACCCCAAAAACGCGCCUUGUCCACACAAAAAUCAACAGUGACGCCCAGAUAUAAAAGAUCGUAAGUGAAAAAGUACAAAGUUGUACAGCACUGAAGAUCAAAAGUUGAAAAGGUUUCGCCAAAUACAGCGUUGUUUUUAUGCCUGGGAUAAGAACAGUCUUAUUAUAUAGAACAAUUCAUGCUACUGCAAACAGUAAAUUUUAUCAAAUGUUUAUGAAAGAGUUAACAUAAAGAAACUGAGGUAUCAACUAAUUACAGAAAACUAACAACGUCUAAAUUCAACUAUGUGAAGAUAGUCGAAGAUAAAUACGUUACACAAUGUGUUAUUGACCAGACACUAUAUAAACGGGGUCGUCUAUGGCAUUAACCGAUUCUGAUUUUAUCGCUUAAGGUCAAAAGCAAACUGUGUCUGAUUAUAUUCUCAGUUAAUGCAAUUUGUGUAUUGAUUCUGUAUAUCUAUUAUUGUUGAUUCUGUAUACCUAUUAUUAUUGAUUCUGUAUACCUAUUAUUAUAGAUUCUGUAUACCUAUUAUUAUAGAUUCUGUAUACCUUUUAUUA